AUGGGAGUGGAGGAAAGGUAUUACCCUAUGUUUAUACCUCGUGAUUUUCUCGAGAAGGAGAAGGAUCACAUUGAAGGAUUUAAGCCUGAGGUUGCUUGGGUUACAAGAGCUGGUGAUUCUUAUUUGCCAGUCCCAUUAGCUCUACGUCCAACUAGUGAGACCGUGAUUUACCCUGAUUUUGGCGAUGAGAUUAGGAGCCACCGUGAUCUUCCAUUGAAGAUCAAUCAAUGGGCUAAUGUUGUUAGAUGGGAGAUUAAGGACCCUACUCCAUUCAUCAGGAGCCGUGAGUUCCUUUGGCAGGAAGGCCACACUGUUUUUGCCACCAGAAAAGAGGCUGAUGAAGAGGUGCUUCAUAUUUUGGAUAUAUACAGCCGUUUGUAUGAAGAGUUUCUUGCAGUUCCUGUCAUUAAAGGUAUUAAGAGUGAGAAUGAAAAAUUUGCUGGUGCACUUUACACCACAAGCAUUGAGGCUUUCAUCCCAAGCGCUGGCCGUGGUAUACAAGCUGCAACCUCGCAUUGUUUGGGACAAAACUUUGCAAAGAUGUUUGACAUAACCUUUGAAGAUAAUAAAGGAAAGAAAUCAAUUGUGUGGCAGAACUCGUGGGGAUUCAGUACCAGAUCGAUUGGAGUAAUGGUUAUGACUCAUGGAGAUGACAAAGGCUUAGUAUUUCCUCCAAAAGUUGCACUUUAUCAAGUUGUUGUGAUCCCUGUUAAUGCUGAUUCUCAAAUACUCUGUGAUGCCUGUGAAGCUGUUGGAUCCACCUUGCGCGAGGCUGGAAUCCGUGUUGAUGUAGAUAACCGCGACAACUAUUCUUGCGGCUGGAAGUAUUCAGAUCAGGAACUGAAAGGUGCUCCAUUGAGAAUCGAAAUUGGUCCAAGAGAUUUGGCUAAAAAUCAGGUGAGAAUAGUGAGACGCGAUACGGGAGCUAAGUUGGAUUUUAAGAGAGAAGACUUGAUUGAAAAAGUUAAGGACUUGCUUGAAAACRUCCAGAGAAACCUYUAUGAUGUSGCAAAGAGAAAGGUCGARGAAWSCACKCAAAAGGUUGAAACUUGGGAUGAWUUUGUKGAAGCUCUUAGCCAAAAGAAACUGAUUUUAGCUCCAUGGUGUGACGAAGUUGAAGUGGAGAAGGAUGUGAAAGAGCGAACCAGAGGUGAUGGAACUUUAGGAGGAGCUAAGACUCUAUGUACUCCCCUUGAGCAGCCAGAACUAAGAGAAGAUACUCUCUGCUUUGCAUCAGGAAAGCCAGCGAAGAAGUGGACCUAUUGGGGAAGAAGUUACUAA